CCAAGAAAAAGUUUGGAGACAGGGUUGACAUUCAAAAUGCACACUUCACUCAAGAUCAGUCUGCUAUACCAAACUAAUACUUAAAUCCAGUAAAUAUUACCAGGAAGGAGAGAGAGUUUGUUGACGUCUUUUUUCUUGCCUCCAUAUGACAGGUUAAUAAGUUUACUUUUGGAGUUCUUGGCAAUGUUUCCCAGCCCCAGCACGUCCACUCCCUUCUCUGUAAAGGAUAUAUUAAACUUGGAGCAGAGUCAUGACGUUAUGGUGUCUUCCCUGGACGUCUCUUCUCGUAUGGACUGCUGCACCGUGCCGACCUCUUCCUCCUCUUCCUCAUCCUGCAUGCUGGCCCGCCUGAAGCAGGAGCCUCUCCGGGACAUGUCGUCCGCCGCCUCGCUGUUUGGAGAAGACCUCCACGAGCCCAGAGCCGGCAGAGGCAAUGCGCUCAACUUUGCCGCUACCUUUUAUGGGAAAUCACUCAUGGAGAUGGAUUUAGAGAAGGAUGGGAAAUCAGACGCGUUUGAGGGGAAACGUAGAAAAGAGGAGUUCAGUCCUCCGGCCGAGCCUGUGGAGGAAAUAAAACCCGAAGACCUGGACCGACCAAAGCCCCGGAGACGCAGGAAGCCGCGGGUCCUCUUCUCCCAGGCGCAGGUGUACGAGCUGGAGCGCCGCUUCAAGCAGCAGAGGUACCUGUCCGCCCCGGAGAGAGACCACCUGGCCGGCGUGCUCAAACUCACCCCGACCCAGGUGAAGAUCUGGUUCCAGAACAGGAGGUACAAGUGCAAGCGGCAGAGGCAGGACCAGAGCCUGGAGAUGGUGUCUCUGCCGCCGCCCAGGAGGGUGUCGGUGCCGGUGCUGGUGCGGGAUGGGAAGCCUUGCCUGGCGGCAGACACAGCCACCUACAACCCCUCCUACAGUAUGGGUCACAUCAACCAUUUCACUUAUAACAACUAUCCAGCUUUCAGUAACUACACGAGUCCCGGCUGCAACACAAACUAUGCGUGUAAUUACCCUGCAGCCACAAUGCAAACUAUGCAAGGAUCCUCCAACAACGGGAAUUACAUGAACUUUGGGGUAGGGGACCUGAAUAAUGUCCAGAACACGUUUUCCUCCAGUAAUGGGGUGUCUUCCUUACAUGGCAUUAGGACAUGGUGAACCAAAUAGCCUAUAUAAAGAAAUACUCGUGUUACCUAUUCAGUUUAACGGGAUUGUUUUCUGACUGCAUGCAUUUUUAAAUGUGUCAAGACUUUGCGGAGUUUGUGUAACGUCUCUUAUAUUUAAUAACUUACUUUUGGUAGUUUUUCGUUUUUGUUUUCCGCACCAGUUUUUUUGAAUUUUGUCUGAAUAGCAAACAUUUUUAUUUAUUUUAUGUGAUAUUAGCGCACAGACAUGUAAUUUGAGAGAAAAUGAAAAGAAAAAAAAAAUAACAAGUUGAAACCACAGUUCUUUAAAUGUUUAAAAAGUUUUAAAUUUGACCGAGCAUUUUAUAUUUUUAUUCUAUUUUAUUUAAUUUUUUUUGGACACGAAAUUGAUUAUUAAAUAUCUUUACCUAUAAAAAAAAGUAAGUAUUUUCAAUAGGAGACUAUAAAACAAUACAUACGACCUAAUUUUAACAAUUUAAGCCAUGGAAAAUGAUUAUUAUUAUUACUGUUGUUGUUAUUAUUAUUGUUAUUAUUAUUAAAGUAGUAGUAGCAGUUGUUAAUAUUGCUGACUGGCAACUAUUUAAUUAAAAUUGCUUUAAGUUUUUUAAUAUAAUAACUCUGGUUUGGCUCCAGCUAUAAUAAUAUUAGGGGAAAAUAUGAAAUGCAUAACACUGAACUCUAAUUAUGACAAUAUAUAAUCUAUACCUAUGGAUCACAUAAUGAUUGAACUGGUUAUUCAGGAGAUCUACAUAAAGAACGCCAACAUCUGUACAACCCUCACAUGGUUUGUGUCUGCAUAAAAUGUUCAAGUGGUCAUUAGGAAGCUUCCUUCAAUACGCUUAAACAAGGUUAAAAGGUUGCUAAAAGUUUACACGUUUUACAACCGCUGUCAGCCACAUGUCCACACACAUAUUUUUAACGUUGCUGGGACCGAGAUGGCUGAGUCAUGACCUUGACUUGUAUUUAAGGUUUUUUAAAAUCAGGUUCUGUUGAUUUAAUCAGGAAAUGCUGUUUUUUAAAUUCUAUGGAACUUCAAACAUUUGAUUUUCAGUAAUUGUAUCGUGUGUACAAGCAUUUUCUUUAGCAGUCGACAACAUUUUCUCUGUAAAUAUGAGGACAAACUUAAGAUGUUACCUGAGCCAAGAUAUUUGGACAGUAUACUUUAUCAUUAAAGACUCCCUUUUGGACA